AUGCGCUCCCGGCGCUACGCCGAGGCUGCCUCUGUUCAAAAUUUAGGCACUGCGUGGCAAGCUGAAGUGCUUCAACACACAGUGGACUUGGACAUCGAGAACUGCUCGUUCACCUUGCUACUUCAGAUGCUCGACAAGCUGAAGCCACAGGAUCCUUCUUGGUCAGACGUCAGAGAGACUCUUCGGGAGUGCGUAGAAUUCCGUACUUUCACCAUUCAGAACAAAUUGAAAUUGAAUGUGACUGCUGGCAAGCAACUUCUGCAGAAGGUAUUCAAUGGAAGUGCUCCGCCUGGUGAUCUCACGAACAAUGAGUUUAUCAUUCGAUUACAACGAGCUUCGCUUUUUUGCCGAUGGGUUGCUGCAAGCUGUUUGAAGGACAUCGCCUGGGCCUCUAUGCUUCAGUUCAAAGAAAAGCCGGAUCUUUCCGUUCUAACGUAUUUCUGGAACAUUGCUGAAGACAUGGUGCUGGAAUCAUGGCUCCGAAAAGCGAACCCGCUGCAGAGCAAACACACAUCUUUGCACUUCGAUGGAAUCCGCCUGGAUCGCGAUGUUGUGCUGCCGGACACUCAUGGCUUCUGCGACAGCUGCUCCGCAUGGAUUGAAAAAGACACUGGCUUCAAGGUAAAAAUCCGUGCAAAGGAGCAUCUCAAUUUCCUGCAGCUCUUGCAGAAAGCCAUUGCACCUCAAGAGGUUGCUUGUCCAGACAAUCUUCAGAAAAAUGGAAACUGCAUUCUUGCGGCCUUGCAUCAUUUGGGCUAUGGCGGGCAGGCUGCGACAAUGGCGGCAGCUAGUGAAGGAACGGAACACGCUUUCUUCACAAGACGCCAACGUCGAACAUAUGAGCAGGUGAGCAAGUUUACACAACUUCCCAUCUUUCCUCGCAUGCCGUGCACAGAGUUUGUCGCGGGCCAAAAGUUCCUGCUGCACUUGGCUACGGCUGGCCAGCCACAUUGUUUGGCCGCCCAGGCGCUGUCGUUGGAGCAAGUUCAGCUGACGAAUGUGACUGCCACCUACAAGUUUUCAAUGGCAGACUUUUCCAGAAUGCUAACAGAGGCAACUGAUCGCAAGUACAUUCAGUUCUUCUACGUGGAACAAAAGCCAGACACUGUGGUAUUGGACGCGAAUGAAGCUGAGUACGAACUUCUCCUGGAGACCCAAGCAGGAGCCAACCACGAGGACGAUGGCGAGGAUAAUUUCGCUGAAGAUUUUGUUAGAGACGUGGAGACGCAGGAGGACGCAGAAGAUGAUGAACCGGAAGACGCUCUUCAGUGCGAAGAUGAAAGCGUCACGCAUGUCGGUGAUGAGCUGCUGGUGCACCUGAAGCAGGAGGUGCAAGUCUUCUUGACAGGCGGUCGCAGACGAAAGGGCCGUAGUGCGGACACAGCUCGCUGUCCUUUCUGUCCUUUUCGCGCAUGGCCGAAAAUCAAACGAGGCCGUGUGCUCCACCAUGUUCAAACUUAUCAUUGUCUGGCGAAACAAUACGUGGCCAGUGGUACGAAGCAACUGAAGCUCAUCAUCGCCUUGCAUGAUUUCGACCAGAUCGUGUCUGCUCCGAAAGGCAAUUAUCUGUAUCGCAGCAGUCGUCUUCUGAGGCAAACUGUUUCUCCGGCUUUGUCUCGAAAGCAGGUUCUGAUUGAUCGAUUCCUGCGAUUAGUCUUUACCGAAGAAGGUCCUCAAUUCUGGAGUGUGGAUGCGGUCAGAAGCCAUGACUCGCGCCACUUGAUAUUUGAAUUGAUCAUUGUUCUCACUUGUCGUGGACGCACAAAUGCAGUGGUGCUGCUACAACCUGGCUCGUCAGACGACACCGAGGUUUUAGUGAGGAUGCUGGCAGAUUCUCUUCCGGCUCAAGGACUUUGCCAGAUCAAGUACCUUUCCGUGGACAACCCGUCGGCAAAGCUGUAUAAGGAGGCAAAGCAUGUGUGUCCGAACUUGCAGGUGGUGGCGUUGGACCCAACACACCUGGCAAUGACCUGUGAGUAUGCCUCAAGCAGGAAACGUACUGCUGCGACACGUUAUUUGCGCAUCAUUCUGCGCAAACUUACAGCGCGCAGUGAGUUAUCGGCUGGUACUUGGGGACCCAUUUUUUGCGGAGAGAACGCAACUCCCUUUACACGAGAAGAACAAAGGGUCCGUGCUCAGUUGGCGGAUCGGAGCAUGCGCAAGGCUGAGGCUGAACGAAUUCUCGCGAAUCUGGAUGCAACGAAGCCUUUUCUUCUUCGCUUGGAAUGGAUUCAAGCACUUGCGGCCUUGACUUCUAUUUAUCGCAGCGAGGUCGAACGACUCGCUCCGGGCCCCAAUCGCAAGAUAUAUCAGCUUCUUCACACUGCCACGGCUGCCAACAGAACGGAAUGGUUUUUUAAUAACCUACGUCUGCGCCACAUGAUUUCGUCCGAGAGGUUGUCCCUCUUGCCUAUCGGCACGGCCAGUAAUGAGGCCUUGCACCAUGAGGUGAACAACUGGUUCCGCGAAACUCAGAAGUUGCAUAAAGCAACGUUGUCUCUGAAGCUCAGCAUUAUGCAGCUUGGCAAGCUCCUGACUCACAACAAUGCGCUCUACAAGCCUACAACACGGCAAAUGCCGGAAGCCGAAUUGCUGGCCCGACUAACGUCCAAAGAUUUGUUUCGUGCCACUGAGUGGGAGGAGUGGUGUUCGGAACUCGUAGAUGGAAGCAUCAAAGGCAAAGCAGAACUGCAAUUGCACCAUGAGCGCGAGAUCGAGCGGAAGAAGGUCAACCCAAGAUCAUUCAAAAGGCCGGCUGCUGCUGAGGACUCCUCACUCUUGAGACGGAGAACACCAAACACUCUACUGCGGCAAGAUAGCCUGCGCAGAGCUGGCGUCAGGCCACGAAAACUCUAA